AUUCCAUAGUUUCGGAAUGCACCCGUACAUACGGGUACCUCGCUUACUGUGUCUUCUCACACGGCUGCGUUGCUCAUUGUGUACAUGAAGCUUCCAGCAUGACACACCUGAAGUGCCUGCUAGUACUCGUCGUUUUCGAACUUCAAUGCAUAAUACCACGCAUAACACUGGCGAAUGCGUUUGAAGAAAAAGACAUCGAGUGUUACGUCCAGGGCCAAUCCUCGUACUCCGAAGACUACUAUUCUUCUUGGGAUAGUAGACAUCGGAGAGGUCGUCCACGACGAAUCCAAAUAUUCAGCAGUUUAAAAUUAUGUGAUGGAAGCAAUGAUUGCAUGGAUGGCGAUGACGAAAGUGAAGACAUGUGUGAUAUCCUGUACAGAAGGGCUGAACAACGCAAAUGUGAAGGAAGACAAUUUAUUCGAGAAGGGAAUGUUCAGAUAUCAGAACUCCAGGUCAGAGAGAUGAACGCCACCUCAGUCCAACUUGGGUGGAGUAUUUACUCCUUAUAUGGGCAACCACACGGUUUCCUCAUCACUCGAAAAGUUGGCGAUCAGUUGGCCAUUACACGGCUGAGAACUUCCACGCUGCGAACAUAUCGUCUCGGAAACUUAAUGCCGUUGAAACAAUACACCAUCAUUAUGAGGCCUUUCGUAAACUCGUCCAAUGGAGAUAUUAAAGUUGGACCAGCAGUCACUGUCAUCUUAGACACACCGAAACUAGAUUUAGAAGUACGACACUCACCCGAAGGAUUUGAAGGAACCGACGUUCAGUGCUUGGACAUGCUAUUUCGAAGAAAAAGCAUCACCGUGGGGAGCGGGAAAAUGUGUGACGAAGUCCAGGACUGCUUGCAGGGUGUGGACGAAAUGAAGGAGAUGUGUGGUAAUACACUUCACUUCACGGUGGCUGCAAGGCACACAGGAACUACAAAGGUUAUCCUGGAGUGGCAACUGCGGGAUCGCAGCACCUUCAGUGCAUCAUCCAUGGAAGAACAGAGAGCACUCAUUUAUGGAGAUAGGCAAGGACCGGACGGGCUUUUCCUAGCCGUUCAAUCAGGGACAGAGUUCUUCAAUCCCAAGCUCGAUGAUCCAGAUGGGCGGCAAGUUACAGUGAGCGGCCUGAAUUCGUCGACCAACUAUACGUUCUUGUUAAGGCCGUAUCUCGCAUCGGGAGACGCCAGGUGGGGAUACAAAUUUGGCAAGGUGGCAACGCUCUCUCUGCGUACAAAGACAGCAGAGCCACAAAGUGUGACAAGUAAUUACGUGACCAGACUCACCACAGCUCUGCUUUGGAAUCCCGCUAGAGACGCCAAGUUCUUUCGUGUGAAAGGUCCAGGGGGGAACUGGACCGUUCAGUGUUUCCCCAAUGAUGAAGAUUACACCGAGCGGAACAUAACUCACGGCUUCCUGGUGCCGGUCACGUCUCCAAACUCAUACUAUAGGAUUGAAGCGUGCGCGGGCCAAGAAUGCAGCGACUCAGUCAUGGUAAAAGCUGGGGGUCAAAGUGAUGACUGGACGCCUACGCCGAAAAUUUCCUGGGCAGCCGCAACAAGCCCCACGUCUGUUAGCGUGAGAUGGACCGUUCCAGAAGAAUCGUGGAAAAGGGAAGGAGUUUCCAGAGUAACUGAAGGCUUCAUGGUCAGGUUCUGCAAGGUCAAUGCAACGUCCUGCCAUGUGGCUGAAGUCACGAGUCACAACUGCACAGUGGACGACCUCCAAGAAGGCACCACGUAUGUAAUCCAUGUACAGGCUAAGAUGAAGACACGAACUGGACGAGUAGAAGUCGGCGCUGCGGAGAAUGCUCGCAUAUCAACCUGGACAUGGGCCCCAGCAAUGCCGAAGCUGGAUGCGCACCAUGUCAUGGGCUCUUCGUACCAUCUACAUGUCGACUGGACCUUCUACAAUAGUACUGUGUCCUACAUUCAAGUUAACGUGAACCUGGGAAACUGGAACAACUGUACCAAAUCUUCCAACUGCAGCGCGUUGAUACAUCUUGAUGAGACAGUGCCGCCUUUCACAACCACGGGGUCAUUAAUGCUGUGGAACCUCCAAAGUUACUACAUUUAUAUCGUCUCUGUACGCGGCUGCAAUCUUCACGGAUGUGGACCGGAGAGCAAUUUUGAUACCAUGACUCCAAUAGAAGCACCUAGUGCACCCCAGUGCAUCACGGUAAACGAUUGCGGAAAUGACACUACAAUAGUGCAGUGGGAGGAGCCACUACACCCGGGAGGGCCAUUGGAUGGAUACGAGCUUACCUGGAAGUGCGACGGUAGGACGUCCAUGGGUGCCAGAGUGACGGAUGUAAAGUAUGUUAUUGAAGAGCCUUUGGUGGACGGUAAUUGCAUGUUGUCUCUGCUGGGAUACCACGUGACGUCCAAUGGUAACCUGCUUCGUGGAACAGCAGCGAAUUUCACGCUUUCAGGGGGCCACGUCCCGAACAUAUGCGCUACAAAAACCAAUUUUCAUACGACUGCUUGUCGAAAUAUUUCAACUAGUUAACAAGUAGCUGCGCGUGUACAGUUGGCGACAUCAUCGCUGAUGCUCCUUCGGGGCAACUCUUGUACAUCGAGUACGAGUGCAUGAUACUAUGUAGCGUGAGGCUGGAGUAAAACCUCGUUCGUUCAACCAGCUGUAUCAGUGGUGCAUCGCAAACCAGAUCACAAUAAACAUAAAAUGUUACUACUGCAUCGGGGCACAGUACUGGAAUUAGUUUAAGUUCAUUGACGCUAGGCAAGUAGUGAAUAAUGAUUACUCGAUAUAACUCAGUUUAGAGCUUAGUGUACAUGUAAAAAGCUAGUACGAUGUGUGUUAGUUAAUUCGCAUGGAUACAGGUUUGUAUUUCACAUUUUGUUUUUGGAACGUCCUUACUUUAGUUAGAACUGCCGUAGGACAACCUUACUCUGGUUGAACUAUGUGCAAAAAUACAUCAGUCCUAUAAAUCGUGCUUCGUACAUUUAAGUGUGCAGCUGUAGUUGAACUUGAAACAUUAAAUUAAUUUCGCUUUAC